ACUCAGACAUGAAACCCUAGACCCAUCCCACUCAGUUUACACUCCCCCAUGUUCCUCUUUUAAAUAAACUAUCAAACUUCUCUCUCUCUCUUUUAUCUCUCUGUAAAACCUCUAUUUUAAUGAAGUUGUAGAACCCUGUUUCUGUCUCUCUCUGUCUCUGUUUUCUGUGUUUGAUCAGGUUAAUAAUUGCAUCUUUGUCCGGUCACCGAAAUCCACCACCUGAUUUCUCGGUAUUGACUCGCUGAGCGAACUAGAAUCCAUUAAUGAUGGAGGUUGACCUUCGGGGUUCAGGGUUAUUCCCUUCCUCUCUGUUUUUUAACAGAGGAUGUGAUAGUGGUGGUUACUCUUGGUCCGAGUUAAGUUCCACUUUUGGGUCUGAACUUGGUUCUACAGAUACAGAGGGAGAGAGUAGUGAAGGAGAGGAACAGGAUAGUUAUAUCGCCGAGUUGACUCGGCAGAUGGCUCACUCCAUGCUUCAAGAUGAUGAGAAAGAAGGAAAGCCACUGGAGGUUGCUGGUUCGCCUCAAUCGACUCUCCGGUCAUUGAGUGGCUCGAGGCGGGAGAGUCCAGCUGACCCAUCUCGAGAACUAUCACCGCCGCCAUUAACACCUAUGAUUGGAAGCUUUGAGAAGAUGAAGAUUAACGAAGAAAAUCCCUCAAACAACCAAGUUGAGGGACUUUUUGGCAAACCCACUUCACUUCCUUCAUCCGAUACUGGAUUCCAAGCCAGAAAAUCCUUAAUCGAUAGUCAAAUUCGAGCCUUUCAGUUCUUGCAGUUACAGAGAAUCAAACAAGAGCAGGCUCUGAAGCAGGGAGAAACUGGAAAUUACAGAGCUUGUGUCGGUUUUAACAAAGAUCAGAAGAAGGAGCUGCGUCCUUAUCAUGUUCCAUGUCCGACACCAUAUUCCACCCUGCAAGAGCAACGGGGCAACAGCAUCAACAUCAACGAGCAAUCUGAGUCGGGUAUGGAGGCGGUUUUGCUUGGUGGGUCGAGCUCGAGAUGCGGAACCGGCGUGUUUUUGCCUCGUGGAACUGGAACUCCUUGCGAGUCACGCAAGAAAACAGGAUGUCCCACAGUUCUUAUACCGGCAAGAGUAGUUCAAGCCCUUAAACUUCACUUUGACAAAGUGGGAAAAGUCCUGCCCUCAACAUUCAACUCCUCAGAAUUUACUCUUCAAAACAACGACCUAAUCCUCAAAGCCGACGGAUCACUUUCACCGUCACAAAGCCAGUCUUUGUCUAGGGCGCCAUCGCAGCCGGUUAACCAACAAGAGAUUAGUUUGCCUCAAGAAUGGACGUAUUGAUUUAUAAUAAGACUGCUUUUGAGUAAUCAAUAAAGAAGAAGAAGAAGAAGAAGAAGAAGAAGAAGAAGAAGAAGGAGGAGAUUCAUGACAGAGUAAAGAGAGGAGUGUCAAAGCAUUUAGAGAAUCAAGAAUGAGUUUGUAAAUUGACAUUUGUGAAAGCAUUUAGAGAAUCAACAGAGUAGUAGCAGCAGCAAAAAGAUAGUUAAACUUCAGAGCAGAUAAAGUUUAAAGAGUUUUUAUGUGCCUUCCUUUUUUCAAUGAAAUAAAGAUGAGGGUUAAAUUUAAGAGUGAAGAAACAAAAAAUAUAAGUGAAAUUUUGUAGGGAGGAGAUCAAAUUGGGCAUUGCCUAAUAAUAGAUUCUUGUAAUUUGUCAUCA